AUGCCUGACCAAAAUCGCACAACCGUGACUGAGUUCAUCUUCUUGGGGAUUGUGGACUCCGAGGAGCUCCAGCUCAUUCUUUUCAUCCUGUUUUUAGCUGUCUACGUGGUCACCGUGCUAGGGAACUUAGGAAUGAUGGUGCUGAUCUGGGUGGAUUCACGACUCCAUACCCCCAUGUAUUUUUUUCUCCUCAGCCUGUCCUUUGCUGAUGUUUGCUAUUCAUCCACGAUCACCCCAAAGAUGCUGGUGGAUUUAGUAUCUGAGAGAAAGACCAUUUCUUUUGUGGGGUGCUUCCUGCAGAUGUAUGUUUUCAUUGCCUUGGCCACAACCGAAUGUAUCCUUUUUGGGUUGAUGGCCUAUGACCGUUAUGCCGCCAUCUGCAACCCUCUGCUCUAUACGGUUAUCAUGUCCAGGGCAAUCUGCCUUAAAAUGAUCAUUGGGGCAUAUAUUGCAGGCUUCUUGAAUUCAGUGAUUCACACAAGUUAUAUAAGUAGCCUGUCUUUCUGUGACUCUAAUGUCAUCCAACAUUUUUUCUGCGAUAGCCCUCCACUCCUCAAACUCUCCUGCUCAGACACCCAUGUGAAUGAAAAUAUCAUUUUCACGUGUGCAGGAUUAAAUAUGUUAGGCACAUUAUUGAUCGUUCUGACUUCUUAUUCAUAUAUCCUCUUCUCCAUCUUAGGCAUGCAUUCUGCUGAGGGCAGACAAAAAGCCUUCUCUACCUGUGCUUCCCACCUGACGGCGGUCACUAUAUUCUAUGGGACGUUAAUCUUUACAUAUCUACGGCCCAGUUCCAGCUAUUCACUAAAUGAAGAUCGUGUGGUGUCAGUCUUCUACACGGUGGUGAUCCCCAUGUUAAACCCCCUGAUCUACAGCUUGAGAAACAAGGAGGUGAAGGAAGCUUUACAGAAACUGAUUUUGAGAAAGAGAAUUCCUGUGAUUGUGUAG